AUGUGUGACCAGCAGCAGAUUCCGUGUUGCCUGCCUCCCCCCCAGUGCUGUGUGAAGGGUUCCUCCUUCUUCCCCUCCUCGUACUCUUCUCCCCAGGGCCAGGUGGUUGUUCAAGCCCCUUGUGGGAUGCAAAUCGUGGAGUGCCCUGCACCGUGCCCAGUUCAAGUCUCCCAGGUGAAGUGCCAAGCUCCCUGCCAGCCCCAGACCAUUCAGGUGAAAGGCCAGGCUCCAUGCCAGUCGCAGACCACCACGGUGAAGGGCCAGGCUCUAGGCCAGGCCCAGGCUGCGCAGGGGAGCAUCCUGGCUGCAGGCCAGGCCCAGGCCGCGCAGGGGAGCAUCCUGGCUGCAGGCCAGCCCCAGGUCUGCUACGUGCAGUGCGGAGCCCCAUGCCCUGUCCAGACCUGCUUUGUAGAAUGCGCUCCGGCUUGUUACACAGAAACUCGCUACGUGGAAUGCCCCGUCCAAACCUAUGUACCCUACCCGGCUCCCCAGCCUGUCCCGAGGUAUGUGGCGUACCCCUCGGCGGGCCAGACUCAAGGAAGAUUCUCCACCCAGUGCCAGUACCAGGGCUCCUUCGGCCAGGGCUCCUUCGGCGGCUGCGCCCCCCAGCGUCAGUCCCGGCCUUCGUUCCGCACGUAUGCACCCCAAUGCCAGAGCCAGGGCUCUUACGGGGGCUUCCCCAUGCAGCGUCGGGCUAGGAGCACCAGUAGAUGCAUCCCUCAAAGUCAGAUGAGGCCUUCUUACCGCAGCUGCUCCCCACCCCGCCAAAUGCGGCCUUAUUACAGCAGCUGCUCCCCACCCCGCCAGAUGCGGCCUUCCUACCGCAGCUGCUCCCCACCCCGCCAGAUGCGGCCUUCCUACCGCAGCUGCUCCCCUCCACGGCGCUCCGAGCCCUACUAUAGCAGCUGCAUGCCAUCCAGCUGCAUGCCCUCCUCUAAUUACUGCACCCCACCCCGCCGCUCCGAGCCCAUCUACCACAGCUGCAGCGCUCCGCAGCGCCCCAUGGCCAGCUGCCCCCAGAGACAAGGGCCCCGGUGCCGCAUCGAGAUCUCCUCGCCCUCCUGCCCCAGGCAGGUGCCCCCCCAGAGGCGCCCGGUGCAGCUCCCCCCCAUCGGCCGCUGCUCUGAGAGCUGCGCCCCGAGGCCCUCCUGGGGGACCUCCUGCCCGGAGCUGAGGCCGCGUCCGCUCCCCAGCUUCUGCCCGCCCCGGGAUUAUGACCAGUGUCCGGUGCCCGCCCCGCGACCGUCACGCCCGUCACGGCGGUGCGAGAGCCCAGAGCGACGCACUCAGAGGCGGUUUCCUGAGUCCGGUCCGUGUCGGGAGCCGAGCCCAGCCCCGCGUCCAGCCCCACGAUCUGGCCCAUCGCGGUGUGAGUUUCCAGAGCCGCCCCGUCCGCAGUCCUAUGAGCGCCCAGAACCGUGUCCGGAGCCCAUUCCCCUCCCGGCGCCCUGCUCCAGCCCAGAGCCCUGCGGGCAGCCCCAGCGCGGCCCCAGCCCCUGCUCAGGCCCGAUGAUGGCAGGCUCAGGAGACCUCGGCUGCCAUGAGUCCCGCCCAGGCCGCCUGGACAUGGAGGGCCCCAGCUGCGGCCCAGCGGCUUACAACCAGUGCGGAGAGGGUGGUGAUGCCAGCUUUGGACCUUGUGAUGUAUUCCCAGAGCCGCAGCGGGGUCUGGGCGGUUAUGGGGACCAAGGAGGCGGCUCUGUUGGAGUGAAAGGAGGCGGCGCCUCUGUCGGAGUGAAAGGUGGGGACUACUAUGCCGGAGUCAAGAGCGCCUACUUCUAA